AUCCCUUCCGCCAUUAAGAAAAUGGCGAUUGUUGUCUCGGAAAUCACACAAAAUAUUUUUAGGUUCUUUGAGAUUUUUCAGCAUGAAAGCAGAUAAAUGCCACAGUUAUUUGUCCAAAUUACCAUUACAAAAACCUUUAUCGGUUAUUCAUGAAUAGUUUCUUUACACAUUUUGGUGUAAAUGAUAAGAAUUCUUGAAAGUUACAUGUAAAGCGCGGUUUUCUUUUAUUUUGUGAUUUUUAAGAAUUUUCCAUCGAAUGUUUUUUGUUUAGUGGUAAUGUGAAGUGUUUUCUAUCAUUUGAGUUCCAUACUAACCUGUGCCGCUCAGUUUUACCUUGUGAAACACCUCACGCGUGGUUGAGGAUGUGUUGAUGGUGUUGUGUUUGGUUACGGAAUCAUGGGGGAAACGGAAGAAUUUAACCCCUUAGUGUUUGAGAAGAAGUUGGCUCAACUAAAGGACACCCAGGAGAGUAUCCAGGGCCUGUCGUCGUGGUGUCUCAAGCAGCGGGAACACCACAAGAAGAUAGUGCAGAGUUGGCUGAAUGUGUUGAAAAGAGUGAAGAUUGAGCAACGUCUGGUCCUCUUCUACUUGGCCAACGAUGUUAUUCAGUACAGUAAGAGGAAGAACUACGAGUUUGUAGAGAGCUGGGGUUUGAAUUUGCAAAAAGCAACUCCGUUAGUGAGGGACGAAAAGGUGCGGCCUAAGAUCUUGAGGAUCUUCAAGAUCUGGGAACAGAGGUCUGUGUAUGAUGAUGAGUUUCUGUCAGACCUGACUGGUCUGCUCAGCGCCGGCGCUAUUAAAAAGACUGAUGAUGAUCCUUUGGACUUCCAGCCUCAACAAUUAGUAAAUAAGAUAAAGCAAUGUACAGUGUUAGAAGCUGACACGGAUUUAAGACUCAAAUAUAUUCAUGAGAAUCCUUUACAACUAUCUGAUGCUGAUGAGUUGUGCGCCAGUUUGAAAGAAAGAAGCAACAAAGACGAUGUAGAGAAGGAACUGAAUGAGGGUAUAGCGUGCGUCGAGCGCUACACUCAAGCGCUGCAGCGAGAGAUAGUUGCGAGGGAAGCGCUGCUAGCAUUACUGACGUCUGCUAACCAGUAUUACUCUACCCAGAGGGGCGAGGUCAAAGUUGUUGCUUAUGCCUACAAAAACUUCGGCGCCCGCGUCCGAGCCCUAAAACGCAAGCUCGACGAGCUAAUACCCACACUAGAGAGCGCCCCGUCGCCGCCGCGAAGAGACGAGGAGGUGCCCUCGCCCGCGCCCGACGAUGACUUGAUGUUGCCGCAGGACAUAGGACAUGAUAUAGACACGUACGACAUAGACAAGACGUUCAACACGUCGCUGGGCGGCGGCUCGCUCUACAACCUCGGGCUCAGCUCGUUCCUGGGCUCCGAGAGCGCGCUCGCCAUGUUCCACGACGACGCCGAUGCCGCGAAUAAAAUAGAAGUGAUUAGUACUAGGCCGGCCGAUAAGCAGGACUUUGACGUUAGUAAUUUCCUGAAGACGCUCACACCAACUGAGGUCAUUACUGUGUCGGAUAAUGUGUCCGUGGCAAGUGGCACACUAUCUCAGAAGUCUCAAGACACUUUACCUGGAUUGGAUCUAUUAACACCAGAGAGCACGGGAAAUGCACCACCCCCUAUCUCAUUCUACGGGUCUACAUUGGAACCUGAAGAACCAGAGCCUUAUAGGCCAGAGCCAGCGCCCUGGAGCAAUAAUGUAUCGCCCUGGACCAUACCUGCCCCGCUACCAGUGCCGGUGCCGCCGCCCGCCCUAGCGCCGCCGCCCGCGCCGCCCGCGCCGCCCGCCCUCGCGCACGCCGUGCCGCCCGCCUCGCCGCCCAGCUACACGCAGGCCUUUCCGAAUGUGGAAUUAGGUGAUGAAGAUGAUCGAAUAACGGGAGAUGUGGACCACAGAGGAAUCUUACCGCCACCGCCGCCGCCGCCCGUCAUACCCACACUGAGUGUGUUAGGACAACUAGAGGACGUGGACCACAGAUUACUUCCGUCGCUGCCGCCGCCGCCGCCCGCGCCCGCGCCGCUUUCUAGGCAUCCUAGCUCUAAUCAAGAUGUGGACCACAGAAAUCUCAUAUCACUGACGCAUCAGCCACAACCGGUGCCGUCUGUGGAAAAAAGCAGAGGAGUCGAUCAGGAUUACCGAGUGCCCCCGCCCGUGCCCCCUCCGGAUAUAGUGGAGAGCGUGGACAUGGACCUGUCUGAGGACGAGGAGCAUCCGCAGAGGCACUACCCACACUCUGAACCACACCGCCGCAACAGCUUCAACCAAAACAACAAAGUGUUAGUCGGAGGAGACAACGGCAAGACCAACCACGCCAACUUGAUCCGCAUCAACAGUAUGCCCGCCGGCGACCACGCGUACCAAGACAAACUGGCCAUGCCAUCGACAGCCCCAGUCAUGCCACUAAGCAAUCCCUUUGAUAACAUGCCGAAGUUCAACAAUAUGCCGGAAUUCGCCUUCAGGGAAGACCCUAGAUUGCGAGAGGAAGAAGAAAUGUCUAACGACAGCGCGUAUGAUGAAGACAUACGUAGUAGGAUGAGGGAUAAUUCUAUACCGGAUUUAAGGAAUCCAUCGCCGCCGAAAGAUUAUGACGAUGAAUGGCACGGCCAGAGUGAAAGUCCUAGGUUUAUGAACCCUAGGUUCCCUAGGAAUUGGAGUCCGGGUGUGAGGAACUUUAGGCCGCAAGGGUUUGGACCACAACAGCAGUUUUGGCCCAGGAAUGGACCACGGCCGCCGCCCAGGAAUUGGGGCCCAAGACCGCAAAGAUUUAAUAAUAAUUGGUGAUAACUUGUGACUAGUUCGUUGUGUAGUGACAGUUUUAUCGGUUCUGAGUUUAUGUAAUAUAGAUUUAUAUUGUGUGUAAAUGGUGUUGUAUGUAUUAUGCGUUUUGCACUUAUGUUGUUGCGGUUUUUGAGGUCAGAGCGAUGAAGUGUAAUAGUAGUAUAGGUUAAUUGUUAUGACUGUGAAUUGUGUUGAAGAAUCAAAAUUUCUACUAUUGCGACUGCCUGUAAUUAUUUAAAGAAUAAAAGAGAUUUGUUAAAAGGUUCCCUAGUUAAUGGGUAGAGCUAAGGGGGUAUUUAUGAAUUCCUAUGUUUCACUUCUCUUUUAUAUGCAUAUCCCUGCAGCAUUCAUUACAAGGUAACUUCUAAAUUUAAACAGAAAUGUAUGAAAAUAACAUAAGUGUCAGCGCAAAAAUCGGACUGUAUGUUUAUGUAUCAUAGUUUAUUUGCAAGAGUGUUGUUUUAUAUUGAUAUCGACUGUGUCACAUUAUGUUGAAUCAUUCUGACAAAAGUUUAAUAGUUUAUGAUGAUUCCAAUAGCAGAUCGGUUACAAAACGAUAUGAUACAAUAUUGUAUCUCAAUUUUGCACUACUGAAUAAAAAGCAGCAAAAUUUAUCCGGUUGUAAAUGUUAUUGUUCCUCAUUUUAUACAUGGUGUUGCAAAAGUGGGUUAUUAGGCUGUAAGGCUUUUCUUUUAAAUCACUCUGUAUUAUGUUUGCAUCGUCAAAACUCGCAGGUUUUCUAGUCUGUAAAAUAUAACAUUAUGUGUUCCAGAUGGUAACUAUUUACAACAAAACAACUAAAUAUUAAUCUUAAACAUUGCUCCAGGCUAUCACUCACAUAAUGUUAUAAUAAAAUAUAAGAUGGUAGCUGCUAGAGAGAAACAAAACAUAAUAUUUAAUAAAGUUUUCUCUGUCUCUCAUAAUAUUACAAUAGAAACUCGAUUCUUCUGUAAGAUAAGAUUUGAUUUUAAUAGUGACUAAACUUAUCACUUUAGAAUAGGACGUGUAAACAUGCGAAAAAACACCUUAUUGCUUCGGUGCCCACUCGUAUAACGUGCCCUAGCAAUGGUUAUAACGUCACAAUGUAAACUAGUAAUAGAAAGUUAUAUUUCAUUCGUAUUAAAACUUAAUAUUAGUUGGGA